AAAGGAGAGAGAGGUCAUCAUUUGGUGCAGGCAGUGGUGUAGAUGAGGACACGAAUGAACCGAGUCCUCCACACCGGCAAAAGUCUCCUCGCGGAAGAGCAGCGGACCGCCUCCCGUUACACAGUCCCUAUCGCAGUUUCCGUGUGUCGGUGAUGCUCAUGGUUAUUAAUAGGCUCCCGCGGUCCUCCGUCGAUUCCUGAGGACCAUUCAGAUCACCGGAUCAGAUGCGAGUGCGCAGUUUCUGAGGUGACAUUACCAAGAACGCGUAAGAUUUCCUUUCACAAAGACUCGUUCUGAACGCGCAACCGGAACCGGAGGCGAUGUUAACGGAGCCGUGCACGUCUUGUUGAGGAUCCAUCUGCACUCGUCCUCAAUGGUCACCUUCUGUCCGAGCCUGUCUUUCUGCUUGCUGCAGUCCGCAUCAGAGGAUGUACGCGGAGGGAAGCACGCCAGACACUGAGCCAGACGAGUGCCAGAAGAAGACAUCAUGCUUCUCCAACAUCAAAAUAUUCCUCAUUUCGGAAUGUGCCUUAAUGUUGGCGCAGGGCACUGUAGGAGCUUAUCUGGUCAGUGUCCUCACCACGUUAGAGCGGCGUUUCAACUUGCAGAGCGCUGACGUAGGCGUGAUCGCCAGCAGCUUCGAGAUUGGCAACCUCGCCCUCAUCCUAUUCGUCAGCUACUUCGGGGCGAGGGCCCAUCGACCGCGUCUGAUUGGAUGUGGUGGUAUUGUGAUGGCACUGGGGGCGUUACUGUCAGCCCUUCCUGAGUUCCUGACCCACCAGUAUGAGUAUCAGACUGGAGAGUCACGGCCUGUGGGACAGGGACAAAACGUGUGCUCCAACAGCAGUCGGGUAGGCCUCUCUGAUCCCGGCUACAUCUGCGGGAACAGAACCAACACCAACAUGAUGUACCUGCUGCUCAUCGGAGCGCAGAUGCUUCUAGGUGUUGGAGCGACACCCCUGCAGCCACUGGGUGUAUCCUAUAUUGAUGACCAUGUCAGGAGAGAAGACUCAUCCCUUUAUAUUGGUAUCUUAUUCUCUACACUGGUCUUUGGACCAGCUUGUGGUUUCAUUCUUGGCUCUCUGUGCACCAAAGUUUAUGUUGAUGCAGUCUUUAUUGACACAACCACGCUGGACAUCACUCCCGACGACCCACGCUGGAUUGGCGCCUGGUGGGGCGGCUUUAUCAUCUGUGGCCUUUUUCUCUUCCUCUCCUCGUUUUUCAUGUUUGGGUUCCCGCAGUCGCUGAAUGAGCCUGGCGAGGGUCCAGGGGGAGAGAGCGAACAGGCCAUGCUGCCCGCAGAGCUGGUGCAGGAGUAUGAAGGAGUCAAAACCUCAGAUGACCUGGAGAUCAGCACUGGCCUCACCUGCUGCCAGCACCUGCAGGUUAUCCCCAAGGUGACUAAGCAUCUGCUGUCCAAUCCGGUUUUCACCUGUGUCAUCCUCGCGGCCUGUAUGGAAAUCGCUGUGGUGGCUGGAUUUGCUGCCUUCCUAGGAAAAUAUCUCGAACAGCAGUUCAACCUUUCAACGUCCUCUGCCAAUCAGCUUCUAGGUAUGACAGCAAUCCCCUGUGCUUGUUUGGGUAUUUUCCUGGGUGGUCUCCUGGUGAAGAAGUUGGAUCUGUCUGCAUUAGGGGCUAUUCGUCUGGCCAUGCUAGUCAAUAUCAUCUCUACGGCCUGCUACGUCUCCUUCCUGUUCCUAGGCUGUGAUACGGGCCCGGUCGCCGGGGUUACUGUUGCCUAUGGCAACGAGAGUCUGGGGUCUUGGGAGCGGACAGAGGCUGCCUGUCUGUCAGGCUGUAACUGUUACAAAUCUUCUCUAAGCCCCGUCUGCGGCUCCAACGGUAUCACCUACCUCUCAGCCUGCCUCGCCGGCUGCACGAGAACCAAUCUGACAGGCUGUAAGUGCAUUGCUCACGGCGAAGGGCCUGGUACGGCCACACCAGGAAAGUGUCCCAGUCCAGGCUGUCAGCAGGCCUUCCUCACGUUCCUUGCAGUGGUGUGCGCUUGCAGCAUGAUCGGAGCCAUGGCCCAGACCCCAUCCGUCAUCAUACUCAUCAGAACUGUGAGCCCAGAGCUGAAAUCAUACGCCCUUGGAGUUCUCUUCCUGUUGCUCCGGCUGCUAGGUUUCAUUCCUCCACCUCUGAUCUUUGGCAUUGGGAUUGAUUCCACCUGCCUGCUCUGGAGCUCUAUGUGCGGCAUUAAAGGAGCCUGUAUGCUUUACGACAACAUCACUUACCGCUACCUUUACGUCAGCAUCGCCAUCGUCCUCAAAUCCAGCGCCUUCAUCCUCUACGCCGUCACCUGGCAGUGUCUGCGUCACAACUACUGCAAGUACAUUAAGAAUAGUGAGGACUACCUGACACCGAGCCAGCUGUUCGCCUCCAACCUCACGCUGGACAACCUGGGCAAAGACAUUGCGCAAAACCCUUCCAACCGCACCAAGUUCAUUUACAACCUCGACGACCAUGCCUGGAGCGAGAACAUGGAGUCAGCCAUAUAAUCCCACCCCAAAGAGGGCCAUCCGGCCGAUAUGCACACGCUAGCUUAGUCUCAUAACGCUUUUAUUCGAAAAACAAAGGCCAUUUCUGCACAUUCCCACUGACAGGGAGAAAUGGGAACUCUUUUGGCGUAUCCAGGGUGUUUUAACUAAACCGAGCCAAAUGAAUUUGACUGUUACUGUAGUCAGGACUUGCAUAUGCUGGAUAAAUGAUUCAUGAUGGAACGCAUCCAUCAUAUUAGGGUGUGUUUUGGGGGCUGUUUACACGACAACGUUUUCAGCCCAAAAUGCGAAAUUUUGUAUGCGUUUUGCCUAAUCAUUUUAAGAGCGUUUUUUUGGAAUGAAAGCGCAUAAAUCUGAAAACGGAGGUUUUUGAAAACGGCACCAUUGUCGUGUCCGUGUAAACACCCGAAAACCAGCCGAUUCGAAUGUUAUUACUUGAUUGAAUGGGUGUUAUCAGUGGUUAUCAGCUGAUAGAUAUGGGCCAGGAGGGGCUUUCUGCCUACUGGUUGGCUCAGAAGGUUGUUAUCAUCCAUCCACAUGGUUAAUCAGCUAUAGAUCACAUACAGCUGCGGCCGGAGGUUAUCGAGAAUUAUUUAUAUUAUUUAUUAAAUUUCCCAUUUAUUGUAUUUUAUUAACGUCUACCCCUACCCCAAUCCUAAACCCAAACAUCACAGUAAUGUAUAAACAGAUAUGGAUCUAGAGUCAUCUCUAUAAGUAUAGCUGAGUAACCAUGAGAAUUUUUUAUAAUAUUUACUAAAUUCCCCAUUAAUUGUAUAUUAUUAAAGUCUAACCCUAUCCCAACCCUAAAUCCAACUGUCACAGUAAUGUGUAAACAGAUAUGGAUCUGGAGUCUUCUAUUAGUAUAGCUGAUUAACCAUGUGGAUGGAUGAUAACAGCCUUCUGAACCUAUUAGUAGGCACAGAAGUCCCCUACUGGCCCAUAUCUAUCAACUGAUAAGCACUGAUAACGCUCAUUCAAUCGAGUGACAACAUUCAAAGCGGGUGCGAAAACGAUGCAUCAAAGUCUUUCAGAAUUAUGAUGCCAUGCUCAUGCAUGGUACAUGUUUAGGGAGGUUUAGAUUAAAGGCUAAUGCGAACAAACCCACAACAGUAGCUGAGUAUGUGGUAGUGUGGUUGUUGUUUGCUUAGGCUAAGUUUGGACUUACUUUACAUUACAAGCAAGCAUCAUACACACAGAGCAAAUUCUACAUACACACCAGUGCCAAGGGUUGUUGCUAGAAAGGAUACAGCUCCGGACAGGGAAUUAAUUAUGAUAGAAUUUAAUUAGUGAUAUUAUUUAAGAUAUACAUAUAGCCAAAGACAAUAGAAUACACAAGACAUGUCACUCACAUAGUUUUCAAUGGCGAAAUGUGUAUUAGUCAAAUGGCAAAUGAAAUCAUGCCUUCUAGUACAGGAGCCAAUCAGCAAUCGCUAUGGACUGGCUAUUCUCUGGGAGAGGGGCUCAAACCAGACGCGAGUUUCUGCAGAUUUUGUGUGAUUCGAAUGUUUAGAAAUGAAACUAAAAAGAAAGAUGUUGUUUAAUUUUAUUGGUGAUUCCUAAUAUAAGUAUCAAUGGUAAACUUGUCAAGCUAUUUGGAGAAUUUCCCCAUUCAAACAGAAUGCCUGAGCAUACUGUGUGAGGCAUUUCAAAGAUGGCCGCCGGGUGAAAAUACUUAAUUUAAAGGGACUUUGAUGUAGACUAGUUGUCAGUGCGGUAACACAUAUAGUGCAACUGGAGAGCGGGCGUCCUGAGUUCAAAUCCCAACUAGCAGACCUUUCCCGAUCCACCUCCCACUUCACUUCCUUUCAAUAUACAGUCCUAUAAUAAUAAAAGCAAAAUGUCAAAAAUGACCAGAUCCACACUUACCCUAAGUCUACCCUCACAGUAACUUAAAAAUAGUAAUAGUUGUUGUUAACUGUAACAAACAUUAUGCUAUACUGCUAUACUGAUGUGCGCAUGCCCAAGUAUCCGCAGCUGUAUCCCUUCUAGACUUUACCAACGACUUGUCGUCACUUGCUUACAGGUACUGUUUACUAUUAAGGACACAGCACCAAAAAAUUGGCAUACGUAAUACUGCAUUUUUGACUGUUUUCGCAGUUGUGUUAAUGCGUAACCUUAAAAAAAAAAAAACGCAAGAAAAAAACCUUUCCAUUUUUGGCUACAUCGCUGUCGUGUAAACUUAGCCUUAGGUUGCAGUUCCAAAAGUGAACAAUUAUUCUUCCAUUGAUCGAAACUAGCCCCAGCUUACAUAUACGAGCACCUUUUUUAGGUUUUAUUUUGGAUGGUCUUUUUAGUAUUUUUUUAAAAGAUGUAAAAAAAAACUGAACAAAUAUUAGCAUAUAAGUUCUUUGAAUAUUAGCUAAUACGUUUACUUGAAUAUUGUUGAGGCUAUGGAAACUUCUGUCUAUUUUUUUGGAGGGUUUUAGAAGGCUUGAUGUUAUUACUCGAUCUCGCCUGUGUACAGUCAUUAGAUUAUAAAAAAAGACAGACACAAGUGCAGAGUUCACACACGUCAUGUCUCCUAUUAAUCAGCCUAAAUACAUAAUAGUGAACAUUUUAGGCCCGUGUCCGUGAAAACGUAUAGCUUGAAUAGACGAAAAGGUUCAUUAACUUUGUGAUGCCUCAGUGUGUGCAGUGGUCCAGAGCGCCAUCUAAAGCCACAUGUAACAUUAACCAGUAGCUGUUUUCCAGCAGAGGACACUGAAGGAUGGAAGGAUGGAUUUAUUUCAUUGCAUGCAGGUAUUGCAUGUUGAUGCAUCAGAGCAGGCGCAUGGGAUUUGAAUCGUUUUGGAGAAGGUAGACAUUUCUCUUCUAUUACUCCAGCAUCUCCUUAAAUGGUGUGUCAUACCGCGUGCAGAGUUACUAAUGUAUUACGACGCCUUACAUUCUUUGUUUCUUUGACUCCAUCAUUAAGGAAAUUAUAGCUCGGAAGACCAAAUGCUAGGAUUAACGAAGUUUUACAACGCUUAGUGGUAAAACGUUCGUUUCUUUAGCAAACGUUGCAAUAUAUAUAUAUAUAUACAUAGAUAAAACAUAUGGAAAUUAUUUAUGAACUAUUCAAAUAUCAAUCUGAGUUGCAUUAAUUAUAUGAACGGAUGUUCAAAAACCACUUUAGAGUUAAUUCAUACAUUUUUGUAUGACAUUGGACCUAAGAAUUUGUUUCAUAUACUUAGAACUUAUUUUCUAUGCUUUUUUUUACAAAAAGAAAAUAAAUAAAAUGUAAAAAAGAAGGGGGAAGGUGGUGAAACCAUGUCAAUGUAACAAAGCUAACAAAUGCUUUUUGUAGAGAAAUGAUUUGUUUCUGCUGCUUUUCAAAGACAGUUUACUGGACGCAAGUAGACUGAGCAAAACCCAAACCCAUUAUCACCCUUCAUGUAAAUGGCUUCCCAAGCACAUUAUUUUAAUGCACUGCAAUAUACGCUGAAACGCUUGAUAGCUUGAAUGUUGAGGCCGGUGUCAGUACAAAUGGGAUGAUAUAAGAAUGAUGUCAUUGUUUAUAUAAUCAUUGCUCUCUAUAGAUAAUUCAUUGGCGUAAAAGUGCCAAAGUGAUGCCAUUUAAGUGUUCUGAGUUCUCUGCGAGACGCAGUUUUUCAUAAUGCUGGAAUUGUAAACGACCGCAAGAUGCUUUAUUGUAUUGUACGUAGACAUAUGUGAUAUCUUAAGCAACCAUAACACCUUGUACAUAAUGACAUUUAAAGUCUAUUCUCUCCAGAAUGUAGAACAUAGCGAUGCUUUAGGCUUUACAGGUGAUGUCUUAACUUC